AUGAACUACGAAGUCGCAGCGCUUAAGCUGCUGUGCGUACAACUGAGAAGCGCCCACCAGAGCCCUUCGCAGAAGGCCUUCACCCUCGGCGUCAGCGGCAUUCUCUUCCAACGCGCCUGGCUUCAGGGCAUUCUCGUCUCCGUACCCUCUUCCUCCUCAUCGGACGGUGAUUCGAGCGGCCGCUACCUCCUUGAUGAUGGGACCGGCGUCAUCGAGCUGUACCUCACCCGUGACUAUCUCAGCCGCCCUUGGGAAACGGGGAUGUAUGUAAUGGUGGUUGGAGCUUAUGUGGUCCGUUCAGAUGAUCUCCCGAUGCUUAAGGUUCACAAAAUGGUUGAUCUUUCGGCAUUUCCUGAUAGGGAGCCAAUGUGGUAUCUUGAAGUCAUGGAAGCCUUCAAGCUUUUCUACCAACCUCUUUCUGAAGAAUGA